AUGGAGAUUGAGGAAUGGAUCGCAACUUCUACCUGUGAAUGCUUUGGAGAAGAUGGAAUGGUGUCUCCGGCUAGCCUCUGGAAAGGUGUGCUCACUGUUGGCGCCCUCGAUAACCUAGACCACAACCCGAGCCACUUCCAAAACAUUAUUCCGUGGGACUGGAAUCAGCCUUUUACAGUUGCCUACCAAGUUCUAUGUGAAACCUGGCUGAAUGACUCUAAACCUGAUGAACAAUUCCAUAUUCCUGGAUUUGCGCUUCAUCGUCGUGAUCGCAGAGGUCGUCAAGGUGGCGGCGUCGCAAUCUACACCCGAUCUGAUCUUAAUGUUACCAUUCUUGAUAAUGCGACGUCACCCGAGCUCGAGGUCCUAUGGAUUAGAUUGGAUUCUCAGAAGCUCCAUACAAUGUUUGUAGCUGCUGUUUAUGCACCACCCAAUUCGCCCUUUCACCAAGAUCUUAACGAUUCACUGGUUGAAACAGUGGAUUAUAUUCACACUCGAUUUCCUGAAUCUGGCAUUGUGAUCUUGGGAGAUUUCAAUGACAUGGAUACCGAUUCUCUAGCAUCCGAAAUCGAUUUUUCCCAGAUUGUUGACAAACCUACGAGAGGCGACAACGUCUUAGACAAGGUCCUGACAAAUAUCGCUGAUGAUUACAACCGACCAGCAGUCAUCAACCCGAUUCGUAACAGUGAUCAUAGAACGAUCAUUGUUUCUCCGAAGGCCACUAUUCCCAAACCGAAGCGACAGAAGAUAUCAAUCCGCCCCAUUAGAGAUUCUUCUAUCAGGUCCUUUGGCCAGUGGCUGACCUCUGUAGAUUGGAGUUGGCUACUUGAUCUUGAAAAUGCUGCUGAUAUGCAGGUAUCAUUUCAAGAUGAGCUAACCACGGCUUAUGAGAGAUGCUUCCCUCAGAUUACAUUUGUACGGAGAGAAGAUGAUAAGCCUUGGAUGAACAAUCGUAUUCGUUCUCUGAUCGACCAACGCCAAGCUGCCUAUCAAUCAGGAAACCUUCCACGUUAUAGUCAACUCAGAAAGCAAGUAGAGCAGGAAAUUAAAGCUACCAAGAGCAAAUUCUUCCUUGGAAAGGUGUCACACCUGAAGAAAUCACAACCUGGGAAAUGGUACAAGGAGAUCCGUAACAUUACUAGUGUAAAAAAGACAUCAAAUAAGCUACCUGGAUCUCAUAUGGCACCCGCCGAGCAGGCUGACUGGAUAAAUUCCCACUUUGCGAAUGUCUGUUCCUCCCUACCACCCCUGGAUCGCAAGUCUCUUCCGGCGUACUUGCCAGCUGAUUCACCACCGGAAAUCCAACCUUACCAAGUGUACAAUAAAUUGAAGAAACUGAAGAUCUCAAAGUCAUCUCAUACUAAUGAUAUUCCUUUGAGACUUGUUCGUGAGUUUGCUGUCGAAUUAUCUGUACCAUUAUCUAUCAUUUUCAAUUCCUGUCUACAAUCGGGUAUGUUUCCAGAGUAUUGGAAAAUCGGUAACAUCAUUCCGAUUCCUAAAGUAAACCCAUGCAAUUCUCUGGAUCAGUUACGUCCUAUCUCUGUAACACCAGUCUUUGCUCGCGUCUUUGAGGAGUUUCUUGUGGAGUGGAUUAGACGUGAUAUUGCCGAUCAUAUAGACCCCCGUCAGUUUGGCAGUUCUGAGAAAGUUGAGAGAGUUCAGAGACGUGUGACCAAGAUCAUUCUCGGUUUCACCCCUCUCACCUAUGAUGAAAGGCUAGAGAGUCUAAAUCUGCCCUCCCUUCAAAGUGAAGCUUUCAUGCUCAGCGAAGGACCCAAAGAUGAAGAGUCUGCCACGGCUUGGAGAAACAACAUGCAGAAGAGAAGUCCUAUACUUUCAUGUACUGGGACCUGA